GGAGGAGGGGAAGGUUGGAGCAUGCAUCAUAAAACACGUUAGGUUAUCAUCUAAUUUUGCUACUGGUAUGUUCGUUGUUUUUUCAUGGCGAUCUCCAGAGGCGGACAGGCAUCUGCUGUAUUCGACGAUUACCUCGCCGAUUCUCUCACGGAAGAGAAAUACCUUGAGGAAUGUCGUGAACGAUACGAGUAUACCACGGCUUCGGAGAUUCAUGACAAGGAUGAGCGUAAGCCUCGGUCUGGGUGUAAAGUGCCCUACGGUGUUCAAGGUAAGGUUCCGAACGAUUCCGCAUUGAAGAGACAAUGCGGCCGCUACAUGACAGACGAUGAAGGCCUUUGGUGGACCCAGGACGAGUUGCUCGGGAUGUUGAAGAAGAAGGAGGUGGAACUGGUUGCACUCAGGCGUGCAUUUGGAAAAAUCGAACUGAAUGCACAAUUAAUGGUUGAAAGUUUCCUUAAAAGGAAACGAAGUGAAGAGCAGCAGCGAGUUGUGUCGGACAUGGUGACGGCCGUCCGCAAGGACAUUGCGGCGACGGGAGCGACCAUCCUCACGGACAGUCGCAAGUCCAUCACGAGUGACCAGAUAGUCAACUUCCUUGCUGCUGGGCCUACGGAAGCGUCCCUUUUCAGGACUGUGCAGUGGGACGGUGAUGUUCAGGAAACAACAGAGGUCGUCGUGGAGCGAUGGAAGGACGUGUUCGACAAGUUCGGUGUCGAGAAGGUCAACGCCAUUUGCACUGAUUCCGCGUCUGCGUAUGUGGCUCCAUCCAAGCUCCUCGUGAAGGAGGAAGUCAAGCACAACCGCAUCACUUGGCUUCCGUGUGCGGUCCAUGUCUGCAACUUGUUAUUGUCAGACAUCGCGAAGGUCGGGCGCGACAGGAACCUUGGGAAGAGGGAGGACACCAUCAUCAGGGCUCGAGCUGUCGUGCGUUUCAUCAGAGAGCACGAGGAGGCUCUCACCCUUUAUCGACGGUUCUCUACUGCCCACCCCUCUUCCACCUCCGCGGCGGCGGGCAGUUCCAACGUUGCGCCACCUCCGUCUCAGCGAGCGUUAGAGGCGUUGAUGAUGAGCGAUGAUUGGCUGCGGACUGCAUGGAGGAGGUCCAUUUUUUUGCAGGCUAGGUGGGUGCGUCAUCAGGUGCGGUACGCGCCAUUCUGGGAGCACGUGGAGGACAUCGUGGAGCUGAUGACGCCUGUGAUGCAGUUGCUACGUCGUUUGAACAGGGGGGGACGCGUGAUGACUCGCAUGUGGUCGUGGGGUCUCGCCAUGGUUGACAGGGUGGCGGGAGCGAGCCUGAACAGGACGUCGAAGGACGAGCUCCACAUCGUUGUUCAGGCUUGUCAGGCGCGGGUUGCUCAUAUGUUGGAGCCCGCACAUUGCAUGGCCCACCUCCUCAACCCGCGGCACAGGAGCAUUACGUUUUUGGGAGCGGUGAGACGUACUGGGCACGACAAGACACUCGCAGACGAGUCGCUGCGAUACCUUCGCCAACAGACUGGUGGUGACGAGGAUCUGUAUGAGACGUUGCGCACGCAGCUGGCGGAGUUUCAUUGUCGGGAUGCGAUUGGACGUAUGGAGGGGUUGAGGGAGACAGGGACGCGGCCUCUUGCAGAGGGGAGAAGGAGACGUCGCAGGUGGGGCAGUGGGUACGUUCUUCCAUGGGAGGAUGCCGAGGAGGAGACAGAGGAUGCUAUUCCUCUGCCUCAUGACGAGGGUGUUCGGCCAGCUGACCGAGUCACGGAGGCACAGUGCGAGCGGCAGGUCCAGCGCGGGGGGAAGGAUCGCCUUUCGAAGGCCCCGCCCAACGUUGAGACGUAUUUCGAUCGUCGCGCCACAGUGCUCAUGGUGACUAAGUUGGAGUCGGUCUACGAUCCCGAGMCUGAUCCUAUGGCUCAGGACCCGAUGGAGGCCGAGCCGUGGUCCGAUCCGGACAACCUGGCCGUGGAGUCAGAGCGUGGAGGUUCUGAUGACGAUGACGACGACACUCGUCUCAUCCGAAUUCCACGUCCUCGCACACGUGCGUCCACGGCGGCCGCUGCACCAUCUCCCGCUGCACGCCCUCUCCUUCGAGUACUCCUGAGGUCCCGCUGCGAGGCCCGGGGGACCGUGUUGAGGGCACGACGCCACACCCUUCGACCGAUCGUCGCGGACAUGGGGAGCGUGUUAGUGGCGAUGCGGACGCAGCGGCUACGCCCGUCAAUUAGAUACUUCGGGAGUAGCAUGUUGCAGGAGGCAGCAGAGGGGACACAGGGUUCGUCGGGGCAGCACGAGCGCGCAACAGGGGAUGAUGGGGAGUGUCGACCUCCGCAGGAGCGGGCGUCAGAGUCAGAGCAGGACAGGAUCGACUGCGAGAAGAGGAGGAGGGUGCAGGAUUUGGCUAGCCGCUGUGAGAUGACACAGAGUAUUGCGUCGAGGGCAUGCGCAGAGUGGAUGCUCGAGACGGGCGUUGCGGCAAGCGAUGCAAAGGUCGAGUGUGGCGGUGCGGGCGGAGGGGAUGUAGGCGAGAGACCUGCGUCGCCAGUUCAGGGUGUUUUAGUAUUGCCUCUCGGUGGGGCCAUGUCGGCGGGGGAGUUGGAGCGGCAGGCACGGGAGGACCCAUUGCAGGCAGAUCCCCGCGGACAGAUGGAUGAGGCGUCGAGGAGGUUGAUGGCAGAGGGCCCAGCUUACGUGCUUUGCAGCCCGUCAGUGCCAUCGUCCACCACAGAUGUCAUCACACCCGCACAUGCGGAGGGUCCAGGCGCGACACGGAGCCCCGCACCGGCACCUGUUGGGGAGUCUCCGUCUCCUCAGUCACGAAAGAAGAAGAUGAAAGCAGGGAAGAGUCUUAGUACCGUGAGGAGGGUGACGCAGAUGAUGCGGGCGAGUCAGCCCGGGUUGGCCGGUUUACAUCCGCGGACUCGGGCGGCUUUGGGCGGGGACGUUGUCGCGGACGCAGUAGGUUGGCAGGAGAGGGCCUCCACCCGUGCGACGGAGCAGCCCAUCAGCGCACCUACUGAGGCGGCGCUGCCACGUACUGGAGGGCGUACAACGGGUAUGGGGGACCACGCCGAGCACAGUGCCCCCCCUGAGAGGAGCAUGGAUGGACGUAUAUUGCGGGAGGAUUUCAGGGCAGUGUUUGCCCAGCGACCGUCACAGACAUCAGUCGUUUGGGAGUCUGGCACAAACGAUUUGGAGAUGCCUCUUGGCCAGCGGAGGAGGGUUUCCGUGUACGACCUUCUUCGAGCACAUGGCGGGUUUGAGGCGGCGCCACAGGGGGAGAUUCGUGGUCAGGAUAUUGCGCACGCGCCGGCAGGCGGCACAAGUGGUGGGGAUGGUGUCACAGGGAGCAGCGGUGCGGGGGGGUCUGGGGGUGCCAAGUUCAACCCGCUGUCCGAGAAUGAGAUGGCGAAGUUGAGGCGAGGGAAAAUUGUUUGGAACUAUGUCACCGCGGGCCAGUACGUCGGGGAUCAGUCCAAGAUGUAUGGGGACCGAAAGUUGCGUUGCAACUUAUGCGGCCACCUGUUUCAGGGGGGGUCGUCGAAGGUCGCGCGUCAUUUCACGCAGUCGAAGUUCUGCAAGCCUGGGGGGAUGAGAGUUCUCGCAGAACUCUGGAACGGCACGGACUACAUAUUUGUGCCGUCCACUGCUCAGCGGGUGCAGAGGUGGAUGGCAGACGAGGGCAUAAGGGACACGAGAGCGCCCGCGGGUGGCCAAAGACAGCGGAUGGAUGACGCAGAGAGGGACGACAUUCAGGACGCCCUCGAUGAGGAGGAGGGCCACGAGGGUGGGGCCAAGGAGGGGGCGGUUGCAGACGAGGCAGACGAGGCAGUCGGAGAGCCUAACCUGCGAGGGGAGGAGGUGGUGAUGACGUCGAGAGGCGUCGGUCGAGCGGGUCCUGCUACUAGGGCGCCGCGACCUGAGGUGGAGCGCGCGAGGAGCGAGAAGAGGGCAGUGGGUCAGGCUGGCGUCGAGGUGCCAGACACGGGCAGGGAGAAGAGGGCUCGGCAGACCUUGAUUGACGAGAUGUACGCCAGGGAGAAGUUGGCCGAGUUCACAGACGCGUGGCUUCAGUGGAUCUACGUGAAGAAGUCGCCAUUCAAUGCCUUCCGUGGCCGACGAGACGCGUUGGAGAGCAUGUUGCACGGGGAUGUUUGGGCACACAUCCCGUGGGAUCGCGCCCAUGUAUCUCAGGCGCAGUGGGUGCAGCAGCAGCGUGUCCAGUACGCCAUCCUAGUCAUGCUGCCCGUCCACCAGCUGUUGCGCAGGAUGGAUAGAGGUGGGAUGAUGAUGUCCGUCGUUUACGAGUGGAGUCAGCAUCUGCUGCAGUUGAUGAGGAGGGUCGACGUGCCGACGGACAUGAUCGAGCCGUGCGUACGUGAGGUUGUCAUCCGCAACCUCCACAUGCUAGAGCCCGCACAUGCCUCGGCCCACCUCCUCAACCCUCGUCAACGGUCCCUCACGUAUUACCAUUCGCUGGAGACGACCGCCAACGACCGCACUAUGGUCGAGGAGUGCGACAGAUUUCUCCUCGCGCAGACCGGCGGCGAUCCGGUCGGCUUAUUGUACAGGAGCGUGAGGGGCCAGAUGAGGGCGUUCCACUCGAGGCGAGGGGAUUGGGGAGAUCGUGACCUCUCCGAUGCCGAGGCGGCCGAUUGCAGGGGGGACAGCGAGACCGAGCGAUGUGCAGCGUGGUGGUUUGAGCCUGGACGUGCCCACCCGGAGUUGCGCACCAUCGCCAUCCGUGUCAUGCACUUGUGGAUGUCUGCCUCUCCAGUGGAGAGGAACUGGGCAGAGCAUGAGCGCGUCAGCACGGCGAGGCGCUGCAAGCUUGGGUUCGCCAAGCUUGCACAACUGGUUGAGAUUGCCACCAAUCUCAAACUGGCCUCGUGCGCACGACAGGGUGGUGGCUACGUGUUGCCAUGGGUUAUGGGGACCGGUUGGGGGGGGACGGCGGCAGAGGAGGAGGAUGAGGAGGGAGAUGUGGAGCCCGAGGUGUGGGGAGCGCGACCUGAUGGCAGUGUUCUCGAGCAGGAGAUCCAGCGGCAGAUUGUCGCUUUCCAUGACAGCCAACCGUCCAGAGCCCGUUCAGUUCGGGACGUGUUUGGCAGCAGAGCGACGGAGCUGCGACCGUGGCCGAAGGGUGGGGAUGAUGUGGACGCUGCUGCGGCAGACAACGACACCGACGACGACUGGACUGAUGAUGAUGACACGUCACUGAGUCGCGACCCGACGGCUGAGCGAGUGUACUUCACUUACGGUGGGGGUCGUGGCGACAUGGAUUCAUUCACAUCAGUUAUCACUGGUGAUGUGCCGUCGAUCACGCAGGCGAGUGGCAGCAGCAGAGCCGGCGGUGGUCGUGGAGGACGUUCGCAUGCGGAGGUUCACGUGGAUGACUUGGGGGAGCAGCAGCCACGGGGAGGUCUUCGAGAGACAGGCAGGCGUUGGGAGGUUAGGAGCGAUAGCGAGGCCGAGGGGGAGGCCGAGGAUGAGGAGGUGCCCCUUCGCAAUCGUCGCUUCUCUCCCUCCCAUCAUCCGAUCUCUGCACAGCCCGAGACACUGAGGCGUUCGGAGAGGUUGGUGUUGGCAGCAGGCAGAGACCGGACACAUGUCGUGUCGAGGGACGUCAACGUGCCUCACCGCAGGAGGUGCGCACAUACGCGGACGUUUAGCGGGGCCCUGUUGAGACUGAGGAGGAGAGGGAUGCCCGUUUGGACUGAGAGGAGGAGGAGCGGCUGCGGAGUUUGCCACAGUGGGAGGGUCGGUUCGCUUAUCUCGACGAGCAGUGUCGACAAAGGGACUUGGAGACAGGAGGGGGGGGGAGCCGUGACGUCGACGACUCGGGUGUCCCUGAGGAGGCGGUUCAGGGGGAGUUCGAUUAUGAGGGGCAGGAUGCCGCCGCGGGUGGUGGGUCAGGUGGUGGACGACGCGACGACGAGGAGACUGCGGGUGUCCCUGAGGGGUAGGAUGUUGUCAUGGGCGGUGGGUCCCCUAGUGGGGGCCGUGGCGACAGCGAGACCGCAGGUGAUGAGGGACAGGGUGCCGCAGUGUGCAGCAGAGGAGAGGGUGGGCUCGGUGGAGAUGGGGAUACCGUGGGUGUCGGUGGAGACGAUGGACCGGACGGCAACGAUGACGACGACCACGGUCCCGAGGACGAUCCGUAUAGGCUCGCCUUGGUGUUGAGGGACCCCACACUGCCUCCCUUGCGCCCUUAGGACACAGCGCACACUUUCUUCGACGUCGACGCUUUGGUGCAAGCGUUG